AUGGAUCACAGAGGUCUUUAUUGUCCAGGCGAGUUGGACGUCUUGUAUCAGGAUCGGAAUAGAUCAGAGACUACAAUCUGUCUCCCAUCUCCCUCACCUGCAAAGCGAGGCUCAUCUUACUACCCGGCAGGCCCAAAGGUCCUGGAAGAAUCAAAUCUCGAUCCCUUCUACCUCGAAGAAUCACUGGCUGCCACGCCAUCUUGGAAUCCUUACACAUCGGACAUGCGCAAUGAUAGCUUUGAAAACGAAGACCAGUACUACACCCUGUCCCUGACCCACAAGGACAUCCACAACCCAUCAGAAUACGGACCAGAUCGCUCCACACUUGCGCAGGUGGAGUUGGAGAACAGCUUGAGAUUCCACCGAUACACUUCCUCGACGGAGGAACGUAGUCCGCUGCACAGCAGCCAGGUCUCGUUCAGCUCCGUUCACACAGACAGCACUACUCCCGACUUGACGCCCAGCACUUCUUUUUCUUCAUCCUACGAUUCACCCAGCUGCCCCGACGCCGUCUUGGAGGCGACUCAGCAGCUUUACAAGCACGCAAACCAGAUCCAGAUUGAGCCCCGUCGCCGAUUCUAUCUGCCUGCCUCUACACCACCUACGUACUCCCUUCCCCCUCCCCCUCCUCCGCCGGUGGCUCCCCUCAACCCGGCGGAUACUCGCCCAACCACACCUUGCUUCCAACACUCCAACGACUCUACUACUACCAUAACCAUGGGCUACGAGGACGCUACAGGGUCCUGCUCAUCGCGGUCCCGCCGCCGGAAGCAGCCUCCUAGCGGCCUCACCCUGGCGCGUACUGCGAGUUCUCCCAGCACGUCUCGUCGGAAGCAAUCCAGCCCUGGAACCCGCCCUCCUCUGGAUCCUUCUAUGAUCUCUCCUCCAUCCUUGAUCAACCCAGUCACCAUGGAGCCUCACAUGACCCAUUUUGACCACCCUCUCUUCAUUCCCGCCAACGACUGCCCUAGUCCCGUUCCUAGUCCUGUGGCUAGCUCCCCGCCCAUCUCCCGCCAGUGGACCGCAACCUCGAUGGAACGCCCUUCAAUUUCUACCAUCGACGCCUUCUGUGAGCAGUCCGUGUGGGAGUCGGACUCCGAUUCUGAGUCUGCCGGCCGUAAAUCUAUGUCUCGUCGGCCUAUAGACACACUCCGCAAGGUUCGCAGCCGUGCUAAGCUCCGUGCCGCCAAGUCACAACCAAAACUUCAUCAGGCUAUGUUGGAUGGUCAGACAUGUGAGCAGUUCCCAUGCAUGCCAGAGGAUAUUCUUGGAGAGCCUAUUCCCGAAGCCUUCCGUCCCAGCAUGGACCGCCCCAGCACUAGCAAAGAAGGGGUGCGGGCACACAACGGGCUGCACACAUUGCGCCUUGUUGCUCCUUCCUCCACCUCUCUGACCCGCUCUCGUUCCCGCAAGAACAGCAGUCUCAAUAGCUCCGACGUUGACCGAUCUGCAGCUGCUGCUUUCCAAGCUCAGUUCCGCCGUCGUCAGCGUUCCGACUCCCCCGAAUACUCCAACUCUAGCUCUGACAAGGGUGACAAGGAGAAAUUGACCUCGUUCUGCUAUGACCAAUACUCUCACGCCCCCACCAAUGGAGCUCGUGAGCAAAGGCCUCUCUUCGAGCGGUUCAUGGACUCCUUGCGUUCGUUGAACUGCCAGAAGCCCCAAAAGUCUCACAAGAAGACCAAUGUUACCACCAUCUGA